AAUUUAUCGUGGAUGAUCGGCAACUGGUCUGCCAUCUCUUUCCUCCCCUUUAUUCCACUUCAUCCUAUGCUCUGGACAAAAAGGACAUACAACACCUCUCCUGCUGCACCAUGUCUCCCAAAAGCCCAGAUCCCAGGGUCUUACGCUUUUCAUCUACCUCCUUAAUCUUCUUUUCCAUUCUCUCGUUUCGACUCCUGAACGCACUUACUAUUCGGACCUUCUUCCAGCCAGAUGAAUUCUUCCAGUCACUGGAGCCAGCAUGGAAAAUGGUAUUCGGCGAGGGUUGGCUUACUUGGGAAUGGAAGAACCAAUUGAGGUCAAUCGCUCACCCAGCACUCUUCGCCGCGAUCUACAAGUCCGUCAACUUUAUUAGUAAUCUCAUUGGAUUGCAAACCUCAACCAAAGCCGAAGUUCUAGCCGUUGCACCCAAAGUCCUUCAAGCGGUUUUUGCUGCCCUGGGCGAUUACUUUACUGCGAAGCUUGCCGGGAAGCUAUUCGGGGGCGCUGCUGGAUGGACCAGUUUAUGGUUCAGUGUUGGCAGUGCGUUCCAUUUCUUUUGCUCCACCAGGACGUUCUCGAACAGUCUUGAGACGAGCAUGACUACUACUGCGCUGUACUACUGGCCCUGGCCCCAGCUCAUUACAAAGGAACGGGGUGCAAAGAGUGUUGUUGUCGAGGGGCAAAUUGACCGAAAGGAACUUCAACUUUCGCUAUUGUUUGCAGCAUUUGCAUGCAUCCUCCGGCCAACCAAUGUCCUAAUCUGGUCGAGUUUGGGAUUGUUCCUGAUCUACCAUAGCAGUUCUCGAGAUAGAGUGCGUAUUGUCACCGAAGUUGUAACAGUAGGAUUUACGGCACUGGUAUUAAAUGCCGUUGCCGACCACCAGUAUUAUGGUGUUUGGACCUUCCCGCCAAUGAAGUUUCUUGAGUUUAAUCUAGUUCAAAGCCUAUCGGUAUUUUAUGGGAGCAACCCGUGGCACUAUUACUUGUCCCAAGGGCUGCCACUGCUUUUAACUUCAUUCCUACCAGUUACUAUGUACGCUCUUUACUCAUUCCUCAGUCGCUCCCUAAUGGAGCAUGGAACGGCGGCCGGAUUUCAACUAGCUUCCACCACUGUUUUGGUAACUUCUGUGUAUUCACUGAUCUCCCACAAGGAGUUCCGCUUCAUCUAUCCGCUGCUUCCGAUUUUGCACGUACUUUCUGCUGCCAAAUUCGAAAAUCUUAGUUGGCGGACCUCUACAAAGAAGUGGGUUCUGAUAGGUAUGAUAGUGUUGAAUAUACCUGUUGCGUGGUAUUCAACUCAAGUGCACCAGCGCGGUGUUGUUGACGUUGUGGAAUGGUUGAGAAAAACUGGCAACGCUGAUAACCCAGAGAAAUGGAACAGUGUGGGUUUUUUGAUGCCUUGCCAUUCUACAGGGUGGAGAAGCUCAGUAAUGGGUGAUGGCGAGAUGUGGGCGCUUGAAUGUGAGCCGCCAAUAGGCUUGUCAUCAGAGGAAAGGUUAGCCUAUCUCGAUGAGGCGGAUCGCUUCUACGCCUCACCUACAGAGUUCUUAGAAACCAAGUUCCCAACUCCCCCCUCAACGGGCAGGAAUCCAAUGAAGCGCAUGUUAGAAGAAAAGACCCAUCAGUGGCCAGACCGGUUGGUUUUCUUCGGGGCCCUAGAAGAUAUUAUCAAGAGCUAUCUAGGACCAGAUACAGAGUAUGAGGAGUGUAAACGAUUCUUUAAUAGCCAUGCCCAUGACGACUCUCGGAGGGAGGGAGAUGUGAUAAUUUACUGCCUGAGAAAGGGCGCAGCAGGGGGCGCCGGAUCUUUUAUAUAAUCGCUUUGGGGCGGCUGUUUCUUUCCUUUUAUCAGUCCGAGCUUUCGUUUAGUCUUCAAAAGCCUUUCUGCAUUGAUGGAACGCGGGCGGAAUAUAUGUGGGUUAUUACUGUAACUUGGUGGAAUGAAAGUGAGGUGGGUAGUGGCUUUUUUAGCUGGCCCUAUCUGGGUUACCGUAUUGAGGUUGAAUCAAAAAGGAACCUCCCAUGACUCGUUCAUGGGCAUCA